UAGUACUGGAAAUAAUCAAUAAUUGAAUAAUCAAACGUUUGAAACAAAUUCGCAAUGACCGGACUUCGUCCAUUUUGGAAAUCCCGUGACUCGCCUUCUAACCUCUAAUUAUCGCAAUUCUAUAUCGCGUUUAAAGACGUAAAAAUGGGUGAUUCAGCACAGCCCCCUAUUUCGCACGCCCAGGCGGUUGCACUGUGCAAGAAUCCGCCCCCGGAAACAAAAGAUUUUCUCUUCCAACAAACAAUGUACCGUAUCAAAGACCCUAAAGUGAGCAUCCCUUUUUACACGGAAGUCCUUGGAAUGCGUCUUUUGCAAAAAUAUGAUUUUCCGUCCAUGAAAUUUACGCUGUAUUUUAUGGGAUAUGAAGACCCGAAGGACAUGGAAGGUGAAUUGGGGACCCCUGAACGGGGAGAGUGGGUAUUUUCGCGCAAAGCAACGAUUGAACUGACUCAUAAUUGGGGCUCCGAGAGUGACCCUGAGUGUAAGUACCACAACGGUAAUUCGGACCCUCGCGGGUUCGGUCAUAUCGGUAUCAUGGUCCCUGAUGUGAACAAAGCGUGCGAAAGGUUCGAAAAACUGGGAGUUAACUUCGUCAAAAAGCCCCAAGAUGGCAAAAUGAAAGACCUGGCCUUUAUCACGGACCCGGACGGGUAUUGGAUUGAAAUCUUCAACAAAACAAUGGCCCGGAACUUGUAAUACUUGUUAUAUAUUAAUAUAAUCUCCAAUAAAUAUUAACACAGA